AUGGAUUCCGGCUCCUAUAAGCUUUAUCAUGUACACGGUUAUGAUUCCAGACAAGCCCUGGAGGAUUAUUUUGCAGAUAAACCUGAUAUGGCCUUUGUAGAAGAUUCCUUGAUAUUUCCCAUUGAAAAUCUUACAAAAACCUUCACGGAGGGACAUUUUAAAGGAGAUGUCCUGAUAGACCUCAGUUCUGGUCCUCUGGUUCAUCAUCUGUUUAUGGCCUGUGAGAUUUUCAGACACAUCAUAGUCCUGAGAGUCCGAGACAGAUGUAUCCUGGAGCUAAAGAGAUGGCUGGACACACGGACAGGAGCAUUUAAUUGGGGCCAUGCCACAAAGAUUCAUUUAGAGAAAGAAGAUAAAAGUGACCAGUUACUGAACAAAGAAGAAAAAGUGAGAUCGGUCGUUCAACAUGUGAUGAAAUGUGACGUUGAGCAAGAAAAUAUGACGGAUCCAAUAGUCUUACCGCCAGCAGAUUGUAUCAUCAGCGCUUGGCUCCUAGAUAAGAUCAGCAAAGACCAAGAUGAUUAUAUAAGAUAUCUCAGGAAGUUCUCAGGGUUACUAAAACCUGGAGGACACCUGAUAUUAAUUGGGUGUUUAGAUACAACAUACUUCACAGUUGGGAAAGAAAUGUUCCAUUUUCUCACCUAUGAUGAGGAUUUUGUCAGGAAAGCUCUAGUCGGAGAAGGAUUUGUUAUAGAUAACUGUGUUGUUAAGAAGAGAACGGCUGUGAGUGACCUUAUUGACUAUAAGGCCGGCAUAUUUAUUGCAGCCCACAAGGAAAAGUAG